GAAUGCAUAAGAUACAAAGCACUGGGAGGGGGGCACAAAUAUGUUUAAAAUUUACAUUUCCACUUUUAAGGGACUCACAGCUUAAGAGGCAGACAAGACCCGCACAUGAGAAAAGUGAAAACAGAACUACAAGACACUAUACAAUGACAUGCACAAAACCCAGUGACUAUAGUCUAGAGUUUGGGAUUGCAUUAAUCUAGAAAAUCUUCUCUUUAAAGGAAUGACCUGAGUAGUAACAUAAAGAAAGAAGAUUCAGGGCUGGGCAUGGUGGCUCACGCCUGUAAUCCCAGCACUUUGGGAGGCUGAGGUGGGUGGAUCACAAGGUCAAGAGAUCGAGACCAUCCUGGCCAACAUGGUGAAACCCCGUCUCUACUAAAAAUACAAAAAUUAGCUGGGCAUAGUGGCAGGCGCCUGUAGUCCCAGCUACUCUGGAGGCUGAGGUAGGAAAAUCACUUGAACCAGGGAGACAGAGGUUGCAGUGAACUGAGACUGUGCCACUGCACUCCAGCCUUGUGACAGUGUGAGGCUCCGUCAGAAGAAGGAGAAGGAGAAGGAGAAGGAGAAGAUUCAAAUGGCUGAAGAGACUGGGGACAGCAUUUUAAAAUCCAGAAAAGAAUAAUUACGAUAUUUUCAAAAUGGAAAGUUCCCAUGCCAAAGAUUUUGCCUUCUUCACCAAACUAUGAUUUCCUGAUGUUCUUAAAGGCUCAAGCAUGGGGCGUGAGUACACACUGUGUGCUAAGGAAAGAAUAUUUGGAUUGAAUUGAACCCCUGCAGCACGUGGACUAUUCAGAGACCUGAAUUUGGCCUUGGGUGAAUACCUGCCUUGGGUUGGCCAACUAGCAGUCAACAGCAAUGAGCCAAAAGAGACAAACCAAGUUUCAAAAUGGCAAAUCAAAGACUUCAGAAAAUAGCUCAGCUAAACGUGAGAAAGGAAUGGUUGUCAAUAGCAAAGAGAUUUUUGAUGCAGUCGGGCAAUCAAAAUUUGUUCUACAGAACCUUCGGCAUUACACAGUCCAUCCAAAUUUGGCCCAGUACUAUAAGCCUUUGAAGGCCACUGCCCUGCAGAAAUUCCUGGCUCAAAACAGGAAAACCACCAGCUUCAUGUUAAAAGUAACACAGUAUGACCAGGAUAAGACAUUACUGAUUAUGACCAACAACCCACCUCCCUGCUCAAUCACCCAGCAAGACAAGGAGAGUGCAUCAAAAUAUUUUUCCAAGGAGUUACUGCUCAAGGUCAUGGAAAGUCAUCAUCAGCACAAACCCACUGAGAACCUCUGGCUGCCCCGCAUGCCUCAGAAAAAAAAGUUAAGAUCUAAGCUGAAACCAAUCUUCCCUUUGAUACUGUCGGACGAUCCCACAUCCAAGCGAGAACGAUGGUUUAGGUUUUCCACUGACAAUGAUUUCAAGAGCGAAGGGAAGUAUUCAAAAGUCUACGCUUUGAGGACACAGAAGAAAAUGUACCCUCAGCUCACCUUUGCUCCAGUCCAUGAGAGAGGUAUGAGGAAAGAUGCUUCCAAGAAGUCAGCGAGUGAAAGGCCGAUUUCCAAAGUGAUUCGGGAACCACUGACACUCGCAUCGCUCUUGGAAGACAUGCCCACCAGAACCGCGCCCGGGGAGAGCGCCUUCCGCAACGGGAGGGCCCCGCAGUGGAUUAUCAAAAAGGCCACGGUCAUCGGGUGAACACAGACCCCUCAGUCCUCCCGCCUCGCUCUCCUGAGACUGAGGGGUCCGCAGAAGUCGCCACCCAAAUAAAGCCACAUUCCUGCUGCUGCGGCCGUGGGCUCCCGGGUCGCAAGCCGGGAGGGUCGAGCCGAAGCCUCCGGCGGGCCGCGAGAGGAGGAGGGGGCGUGACUCCGUCCCGGGGGCCGAGGGCGGCCGGGGAGGGCGGGCCUUGGCCCCGAGUGACGGCGCGGCGGCCCAACCGGCGUGAGAGCGCGGGGCCGGCCUUCCUGCAGCCUCUUCCGCUCGCCGGCUGCGGCGCCUGGGACGGUUGCGGUGGGUCUGGGCGCUGGGAAGUCGUCCAAGAUGAUUAAAAAAUUCGACAAGAA